AUGACUCGGUACCAAACUCACGCGCCGCCAAUCAUGGACAGCCCCUCCAAGCAGCUCAUGCUUGAUCUUGUCCGGGAUCUUGAGCAAGUCCGGCUUUUCGAUGAAGACCUGAAGAAGGUCCACGCCUACGAGAGAAAAUCAUACUACGAAAAGCUCGACCGAGUCGACCGCGAGCGCGAAGCCAUCCACACAGCUGCCCUCGAUGAGGUUGAGGCCAUACGUACCCGUGUACGAGAGGAAGCUGUAACAACACUCAAUGAUCAUAUUCGCGCCGAAGAAGAAGAACGUCUGCGCAAAGAGGCCAUAAUCCGGAAGGAAAAGGAACGCAUCGAGCGUGAGAAGGCCGAGAAGGAGCGCAUCGAACGAGAGGCAGCUGCGCGCGCUGAGGCCGAGCGCAAGGCCAAGGAGGAGGCAGCACAAAAGGCUAAGCAGGAGGCGGAAGCUAAAGCAGCGGAAGCUGAGAGAGCACGCAAGGCUGCUCUUGAUGAGAAAGCUCGCAAGGAGCGUGAACAAGCCGACGCCGCGAAGCGCAAGGAAAUCGAAGAUGCCCAGAAGGCCAAACAAGAAGCCGAAGAGCUGGCACAAUCCAAACGGCAGCAAACCGUCGGGGCUGGAACUCUCUCCCCGGAAGAUAUUCAGAUUCAACAACGUUAUGUCGAACUUCACAAGACCUUGAAGGAAAUGCGCAAGUGGCUUACUGACAUGGCAAAGGGCGAGCCCGCCCUGAAGAAGGCCAUGGGAGACAUGCGUCGCUCGAUCAAAAAGUCUGUUGGGCAACUUCGAAGUGGUACUGGCGCCAACAAAAAUCAAAUCAACCAGAUCAAAGCAGAACUUCAAAAUGCUUUAGCUUUCUCCCAGCCAACGGUGGACAUCGCCAAGUUCAUCGCUUUCCCUCCCCAGGAGCUGACAACAACAGAGAACAAGGCACCUGCCAUGCUCAUUUACGGCCUCAAUGUCUUCUCUAAAAGCUUGGUCUCUUCACUUCUCGCAGAGGCAGCAAUCAAACAAUCACACGCCGAACCCAUCGGUAUCAUUGCAGCCCAAAUAUUCUCACUUGACACCUUCACCUACAAAGGUCUACACAUGUCUGAUAUCUUGUGGGCCAAAUACCGGGUUGUCUGUCCAGCCUUGUGGGGUUUCACUGGCAACGACAAAACCGAGGGUGGCCGUCGCACCCUGGGAUGGUGGCGCGAGCCUGACACCGGCUCCUGGAUUUCUGAGCAGAACCACAUGGACCGCAUGACUGCCCUUGGUGCCGGAUAUGCUGCCAUUACUCUUCGCAACUUUGGGAAGACAAGCCGCCAAAAUCCCUUCCCCAACACUCUCUUCUGGUCGACAAUGAGCAAGAUCAUGGCAAUCCCUCCUACACAACUGCAAGAGACGCAGAUUGCCCUAUUGGCAGCGCUACUCCGGUCAUCUGGGGAGCGUAUUAUGGGCUUCUUUGGACAGUACGGUCUCGCUCUCAUGCACCAUGCCAUCGUCGAGCUUCCUCGACAAAUCGAGCGGGAGAGCAUGGCAUUGACACAGCUGAGCACACUCAAGGAGCUGUAUCUGCGGGAGAAGAAUAUUGUUAUUUGA